AUGGAAGCAAACAAGGACUCUGCCAUUCAAUGUUUGCAUAUGGCAAAAGAAUCAAUUACCGAUGCUUCUAAUUCAUCUCAUCCCGAGGCUUGUUAUGAUAAAGCAAUUCGAUUGAUAAAUAAGGCCAAGAAGUUGUAUGAAGAUGUAAAUCCCUCUCAUCACGGAUUUGAUAAAAAUUUAAAAUCAAUUGAUGAUUUACUUGGAUAUGUUUUAACGAAAAAACAUCAACAUGGUCCUCAUCAUCAAUCAAGUGCUGCUAGUAGCAGCAGUUCAUCAACAACUCCAUCAUCUUCAAGAAGUAAUAAUCAAGAAUCUUCUUCAUCAUCAGGUAAUGAAAGUGGUAAUGAUUCAUCUCCAACAUAUACAAAAGAACAAAAAGAUGAAGUUCUUAAAAUAAUUUCCUACAAGGACGAUUACUACAAAGUUUUGGGAGUUGACAAGAAGGCAACCAAGGAUGAAAUUAAAAAGGCAUAUAGAAAAUUAGCUUUGAAAUUUCACCCUGAUAGAAAUACUGUACCAGAAGCCACAGAAGCUUUCAAAAUUAUUGGUGGUGCAUAUAUAAAAUUGGGAUGGACCAACAAGAAAGAAUGUUCAGAAGAUUCAAUGGAGGAGGAGGUGGCGGAUUAA